AUGGGACUACAAGAGUACCAAAAGAUUGCCGACGAAACUAUCACGAUCGCGUCUCCCGAGCUGAGGGAUAUAAAUUGGGAUAUACAUUCGCACCCCGAGGUUUUAUUUCAAGAGCGUCAUGCCCACAAGGUGCUGAGUGAUUUCCUCGAGCAGCGAGGCUUUGAAGUUCACCGCGGUGCCUUUGGGCUCGAGACGGCCUUCAAAGCCACGUAUGGUCCCGAAGGGGCUCGCGCCGUGGCGAUUAAUCUCGAGUACGAUGCACUGGAGCACAUUGGACACGCCUGCGGCCACAAUCUGAUCGCCACGGCGGGGCUGGCGGCUGCCAUUGGGACGGCCGAGGCCAUCAAGCAGGGCUCGAUCAACGGCCGCAUCGUCGCCAUCGGCACACCGGCAGAAGAGGGAGGUGGGGGGAAAAUCAAAAUGAUUCGCCAAGGAGCCUACGAAGACGUGUUUUGCUGUUUGAUGGUCCAUCCCAUGAACAAGGACAACGCAUACGUGUCUUCGAUGUGCGGGUCCGAAUUGACCAUCGAAUAUAUCGGCAAGCCCGCGCACGCGAUGGUGGCUCCGUGGGACGGCAUCAACGCACUCGACGCCGUGACCCUGCUACAGACCAGCAUCGGCCUGCUUCGACAGCAGAUCAUGCCCUCGGACCGCAUCAGGGGCGUCGUGCUCCAGGCCGGCCAGCGCUCGGGCGUGAUCCCGGCCUACGCCAAAGCACGCUACUGUGUCCGGUCUGCCAGUCUGGAGAGGUAUCGUGUCCUGAAGCGGAAGUUUAUCAAUUGCAUGGAGGCCGCGGCGCUGGCGACCGGCUGCGAGCUGAAGACGGACUGGCUCCCUGCGUACUGGGACAUCCGGACCAACGAAGCACUCGCAGGCAAGUUCGUCGAGCACAUGGAACGUCAGGGCGUGGCGUUCCGCCCCGCCUACGAGCAGAAGAUGGACCGCGAGUGCUUCAGUACCGACAUGGGCAACGUGACCUACGUCGUUCCCAGCAUCCACCCCACGUUCGAGAUCGUCAGCCCCGGAGGCUCCAUACACACGGCAGACUACGCCGCCGCGGUGCGAACGCAGGACGCGCACGAUCGGACGCUCAGGUGUGGCAGGGCCAUGGCUUCGACGGCGCUGCAGGUGCUGGCGGACGACGACUUUGCCGCCGCGGUGAGACGGGAGUUUGACGCCCAGGACUGGUCCAUUGCCGCCGAUCCGGCCGUGGCGUAA